AUGCACCUAAGGCUGGUUUUACUAGGCAGCCUUAGUCCCAGACGUCAGAGGAUGGGUAAAGUGGACACUCCCAAAGAUAUUACUAACAUUCCAUAUGACUCAGGCUGUACUCACAGGUCAAGACUGUUUUCAGUACUGCCUCCAUCGCAUGGGCAGAUCCGUGAUAUCUUAGGGCUCAGACACUGCUCAACACACGUUGUUCCAAUGCCCGAGAUAGGACGUAAUGGGCGCCCUAUGACUGCAGUCGAUAUCCAGAUCAACUCUGUGGAUCUGUGUUUUCCCACCUUUGAAAUGAAAUGA